GCCGCUGGUUCAAACCGAGUCAAAUAUCAGCGGCGGACACACAAUGGACGAGAGCACAGCGCAGACACACACCGCCGAGAGACCUGUGGCUUGUUAGACACACACGCAAACACACGCUGUGCAACUUUAUCCCGGUGUCAUGGCGGGCAGCGGACACCUCUGACGGACCGGACGGUCCUCGUUCUCUGCGCUUUUUAUUGAAGUUAUCGCAGUCGGACAUUGAGUCGCAUCCCAUCAGCGGUCACCAUGCCUCCCACAACCCCGUACGCCGGAAAGUUCAGCCCCUGCGCCCCUUACGGCAACAACAACAACAACCACCCCGCGCCUCACAGCGCGUACCGCAACGGCACCGCCGCCGGCCCGGAGCCCGCCAGGGAGAACGUCUACAACGGCGCCUACGCCGCCGCGGAGAACCCUUACGACGUGCCGCAGCCGCACGCCGCGUACCGCAGCUCCUCCGUGUCCUCCGUCGCAGCCAGGGAGCGCCAUUACAACGGCGGCUGCGCGGUUUCGGAGAACCCGUACUCCUCGCCGCGGCCUCACAGCCCCCGGCAGCACAGCACCUCCUGUCCCGGGCGGGCCUACCGCCACACCACCGCCGCCAACACUGCCAACACCACCACCGCCAGCAGCAGCAGCGGCGGCAGCGAGCAGUCCUCUCGCAACAACUCCGUUGCGGCGAAAGGCCGACGCUACGGACACGGCGUCACCGCUAGCUACGGGGAGAUGUGUUACCAUGACAACAGCUUGGUUUCAGCAUCCCUCGAGGCCCUGAUCCAGCACCUGGUCCCCACGGUGGACUACUACCCAGACAGGUCGUACGUGUUCACCUUCCUGCUGAGCUCACGCCUCUUCCUGCACCCGUACGAGCUCAUGACGAGGGUUUGUCACCUGUGCGUGGAGCAGCAGCGCUCCGGGGACGCCCUGCUGGACAAGAUACGCUUCCGCGAGGUGGCGCCCAAGCUGGUGCAGCUGCUGACCGAGUGGACGGAGACGUUUCCGUACGACUUCAGGGACGAGAGGAUGAUGCGCUGCCUCAACGACAUGACGCAGCACGUGGCCCGAGGAGACGAGUACUCGUGGCGGGCCAUGCAGCAGAUGACCCAGCGGCUGAUCAAGCGCCUGUCGGCCCUCGGCCAAUACGAGGAGGCCGUGUCGGCGCUCAGCGCCGUGGCGAUGGAGCGGCCCGCCUCCCUGAAAGGCAGACAGGCCGCCGGUCAGCGGGGCGACGUAAUGAGCGCGUGCGACGACCCCUUCGUCCUCGCACAGCAGCUCACGCACAUCGAGCUGGACAGACUGAGUUUUAUUGGUCCCGAGGAGUUCAUCCAAACAUUCGCCAUGAAGGAUCCUUUGGAGAACCACAAGGGUUUCUUCCGGAAGCGUAAAACCAGUAACCUGGAGGCCUACAUCAACUGGUUCAACAGACUGAGCUACCUGGUUGCCACGGAGAUCUGUAUGCCGGUGAAGAAGAAACAGCGAGCGCGUAUCAUCGAGUUCUUCAUCGAUGUAGCUCAGGAGUGUUUCAACAUCGGCAAUUUCAACUCCCUCAUGGCCAUCAUCACCGGAAUGAACAUGAGUCCUGUUGCCAGGCUGAGGAAAACCUGGAGUAAAGUCAACACCGACAAGUUUGAAAUCCUGGAGCACCAGAUGGACCCGUCCAGUAACUUCACCAACUACCGCACGGCGCUCCGCGGCGCCACGCAGAGGUCUGAGACGGCCCACAGCAGCCAGGAGAAGAUUGUGAUCCCUUUCUUCAGUCUCCUCAUUAAAGACAUCUACUUCCUGAACGAAGGCUGCGCCAGCAAGCUGACCAACGGGCACAUCAACUUCGAGAAACUUUGGGAGCUUGCGAAGCAGGUGAGCGAAUUCCUGGUGUGGCGUCAGGUGAUUUGUCCGUUCGACAGAGACCGCCGGAUCCUCCAGUAUCUUGUCACCACGCCUGUCUUCACUGAGGAUGAGCUGCACCUGGCGUCGUAUGAGAGUGAAGGGCCGGAGAACAACAUGGAGAAAGACAGCCGUAGGUCUCUCAGAUCCUCCCUUCUGCAUCGAGAGAAUCGGUCCUAAGAGAACGACAUUCUGCUCUGCAGACUGAAAAUGAACGAGGUGUUUUAAAGCUACAGGUUCCUUCACAGAAUCUCUCCUGGACACAUUUUCACAUUCCCUUCGGAGAACAAAAGCAGCCGGGCCCAUAUUCUCACAUAAAGGGAAAGACUACACUGGUGUACCCUUUCACCAACCUUUGAUGAAAUCAAUCACGACUUCACACGCUGCAGUUUUCAAUCUUGCGAUUCCCGAAGGGAGCUCGGAGUACUGAUCAGGAUCAUCAUCUGAGCUCCCUCUCAACAUCAGCUCUUCCCCAGGCACUUACAGGACUUCAGGCUGUGGAUUUAGCUUAUAUCUCCGGUGGACCCCUUUUGUCACGGGCACAACAUAUUGUUGAGGGACCCCCAGUGUGGAAGCGUAAAGGGAGACGGACGGAUGUGGACCCGAUCGCCAUCAU